AUGUACGACCCGGCUACCUCGCUGAGUCUACACCGCUUGAGCCGGCACAGUCUCCAAGAUCGAUAUGAGUCAGAUGAGGAGGCUGUGUCCGAAUCCGAUGCCGGCGCCCAAGAUUUACUCUCCUCACCGGUACACUCAAAAGAAGCCGAGAUCUUUGAUACAGAUCUUAGUGCCGGCGAUACUCUCCGUAUGGGUCAUGAUUCUGAUCGGAAUGAAAAUACCAUUCUGGCACCAACAAUCAAACGUUCUCGGCCUGUCUCCUCGGCCACCAAGAGGAAUAGCAGGGCUAGCUUCGAUGAAGAUUCUUAUGUUUUUGAUCCAGAGGAACAGGUCGUUCUCGAACUGCCGUCGCCAGAACCCUCUCCGCAAAUGGCAUCCCCCACCUUUUUACAGCCAUCGAUGUACGUCUGGCCCAAGCCACCCCGGCCUACGAACUCCAGGUCUCGCUCCGCUUCGCCUGCCUCACUCUUUUCGGUAGAAGAUGCAGAUAUCCAAAUCGCAAAGAGUGUCACCAUGAUGGAACCUCCAACCCGUCCCACCGUGGUCUUGAUAAAUGCUCUGGGAUCACGGACUAAGGGCUCGAAAUCUCGACCGUCCAAUUCUCACUCUCGGGAAAGCAGUCGAAACCGCCCCGCGUUGGCCAAGGCUGCUAACCGAUUUGCAAUGCUACGCUCACCAGAGAAAGCGAUUAGGCCAUCCCGAAUAGUUGAGAAACCGAACACUUCAAAGCAAUCACCUAACACAACACCGACCCUAGCGUCAGGGCAAGGUCCACUACUAGGACCCAGUGCGGUUAUCAACCACGUCUCCGAAAUUCCCCCAGUCCCCUCCUUGCCAGCACCCCCACGAACAGCCCCGACCCAAGAAUAUCGGGGCCACCUUCAUACUCCAGCCUCAGACGCAGCAAUGCCACCGCCGCUCAAACUGCGAACCCGCCGACCUCCCUCUUUGCACAGCACAAGCAGUGGCAGCGUCCGCUCCCAACCUUCGCGCCCAACAACCCCCUUCUCUUCUGAGGAAAUGACCAGCCCCCUCGGCACAACAAAAUACGACAUACCCGCCCAGUUGACCAGAACCGACAGUCCUGUCUCAAUCUCAUCUACUUCCUCACCACCCCCAUACACACCUUCGAAGCGCAGCGCUCCCCCAAGCUACAGCGUCUCAAACAUGCUCACCGGUCGCUCACCCAUCAUGAUGCGGGGUACGACAAGGAAACACUCCUCCUCCAGCAUCCAUUCGUUGAACAGCCUGCGUUCUGAGGUCGGCGCCAAUGAGCCCACUUCCUCACAGAUCUCUGUCGCGACCCAGCCCGUCCCAGCUCCCAGUCCCGAACCUCAGCGCUUGCAAAAAUCAAACCAGAGUCGCCAUAUACGGAAUAAUAGCACUGCACCUAGCGGGCGUGGCUUCAUGGGCUUGAAGUUUGGAAGGCGAGCUCCUACUAAGCCAUGA